GUAUCAUGCUACUCAGACAGACAGACCUCAAACCUCAGACCUCAGAGUUGGUUGGAGUUCCAGCUCCACCUCCGUUGAAGCCCAGCCAUAGCCAGUCAGCCACCGCUAGCGAGCCGCGCGCUCCAUCUCCAUGGACGCCUGCUCUCUCGUCCGCCUCCAUCUGCCACGACCACUACAGCUUCCGCUCAUCUCGCCUCCAAUUCCCAGCCGCCGGCGCCACCGCCGCGUCGCCAGCGCCGUGGUCGGCUGCUGCUGCUCCGCCGCCGAAGCAGACCACCACCAGGAGCGGCCCUGGGAGUGGUACGACCGCGCCAUCCAAUCCCACGCGGGGUCCGACCUGGCGCGCUCCCUCGGCCUCCUUGCCGACAUGCAGGCGUCGGGGGGGCGCCCGAGCUCCGGCGCGUACGCGCGCCUCAUCCGCGCGCUGUCCCGCGCGGGGCGCGCGCUGGAGGCCGAGGCGCUCCUCCUCGAGAUGCGCCGCCACGGCCCGCGCCCGGACGCCGCGCACUACAACGCGCUCCUCGAGGGCCUGCUCGCCGCCGCGCACCUCCGCCUCGCCGACCGCCUCCUCCUCCAGAUGGCCGACGACGGCGUCGCCAGGAACCGCCGCACCUACACGCUCCUGCUGGGCGCGUACGCGCGCGCCGGCCGGCUCGAGGACUCGUGGUGGGUGCUAGGUGAGAUGAGGCGCCGGGGCAUCCGCCUCGACACCGCCGGGUAUAGCAUGCUCGUGCGGCUGUACCGGGACAAUGGCAUGUGGAAGAAGGCCAUCGACCUCGUCAUGGAGAUGCAGGAGGUUGGGGUGGAGCUGGAUGUUAAGAUCUACAGCGGCCUCAUCGACACGUUCGGCAAGUAUGGACAGCUAGCGGACGCGCGCAGGGUGUUUGAUAAAAUGCGCGCCGAAGGCAUCAAGCCGGAUAUAUCGACUUGGAAUGCAUUGAUACAAUGGCAUUGCCGGGUGGGGAACAUGAAACGCGCACUGCGGUUCUUCACCUCCAUGCAGGAGGAAGGGAUGUACCCGGACCCAAAGAUAUUUGUUAUGAUCAUCAGCCGGUUGGGGGAGCAGGGGAAGUGGGAUGAGAUCAAGAAGCUGUUUGAUGGCAUGAAGAAUCGAGGUUUCAAGGAGAGUGGUGCAGUAUAUGCAGUAUUGGUUGACAUUUACGGACAAUAUGGCCAUUUUCGUGAUGCACGUGAAUGUAUAGCUGCUCUUAGAGCAGAGAAUAUGCAGCUUUCGCCUCGUGUGUUUUGUGUCCUUGCCAAUGCUUAUGCUCAACAGGGGUUGUGUGAACAAACUGUCAAUGUACUUCAGUUAAUGGAGGAAGAAGGAUUUGAGCCAAACCUUGUUAUGCUGAAUUUGUUAAUCAACGCUUUUGGCACUGCUGGAAGGCAUUUGGAGGCACUAGCUGUAUUCCAGCAUAUCAAGGAUAGUGGUAUGAGCCCAGAUGUCGUGACAUACACUACACUUAUGAAAACAUUCAUGAGAGCAAAGAAAUUUGAAAAGGUAUCUGAAGUAUACAGAGAAAUGGAACGUGCUGGAUGCACUCCAGAUAGAAAAGCGAGAGAAAUGUUACAUGAUGCAACUGUAGUUCUGGAACAAAGAGGAUGUAUCUAUUGAAUUGAAACUCUUGAUAUUGUAAUCCGUCCAUUGUCAAUGCUUGUAACUUCAGGGACCCGCCUCCCUUUUUACUUACACAUGCAUGAUGCAGAGCAAACACAGGGUAGGCAAUUAGUUUUACACCUUGAUUUAUGGCAUUGUCUCUUCUCCAGUUUUUCAUUCUGCUAACACCACAAUAUGGAUUAUCAUUUUUGCAUUAAGUUGUUCCAAGUUCCAAGAAGGUAUUUCAGUUUCUUUUACUUAAUUUUCUACUGCUGGAUUUGAUGCAGAAAACAGCUGGAGAUAACAUUUUGUUUAGACCAUUGAGGUCUGGCCAUCAACUUCUGUGGUUAACCGUACAACAUGUUGAAUCCUGUACUGGUAUUUUCUCCAAUGUUGGGAAACACUAUGCCUUCAAAGAUUUGGAUGGUUUUGGCAUCAAGCCGAUAAUUCUGUAUUUCCAAGGCUCCUGAAUGUUUAUGUUGAACAGAAGAUUGAAAAAGGAUAACAGAGUGUAGUUUUCACCCUUAUGUUAGUCAGGGUUAUGGUCACAGCAAGACUAAUCAGAAAAUAUACAUAACCAUGAACAGCAAGAAGGAUGGACACCCUGAAAAUGAAGUACAUCAACGUUGUCGAAGUUUCUUACAAGUUGCUUUCUUUCUGAGUCAUAUAUUAGGAAUUUGGUGUGAGUGUGACGAGGAAUUGCUGAAAACAUUAGGUGUUUUGAUUAUUGAUUCUUAUGUAACUGUAUCCAAGCAGCUACAUGGUAGCUUAUGUAAUCAACUACCAAGUGGUAGAGUGUAUACAACUGUAUAUUCACUAUUUAUAAAAAAUGCCAAUUGUAAAUACUGUAAAUGCAAAGUAGCACAAACGAAUUAUGAUUUAGUUCUAAUAAAUAGACUGUAAAUA